CGGUGCAAACACAGAUACAAGGUCAGUCAUUUGCCGUGCAUCCGUUCUCCUCGAGUCACGUGAAUCACAGCAUUUCUCCCGCACACAACAACAACAAAGUUUUCUUUUGUACAGUUCGGCGCUUUCCUGCUCCCACUUGAUGAACUGCGCCGGGGGAGCAUUGUCGAAGUCAAAUCUAAACAAUGCCGAAGGGAACGUGGUCAUAGCAGUGAACCAUUGCAGGCUGCAGCCAAAUUGUCUCCCCACCCCCUUACCAGCAGCAAGCAGGAACAGCGCUGCAAGUUUGAAGGCUGCCUGAUUGGAGGCUGGGCGAAUUUAGGGCGGACUGACAGCCACUUAGCCCCUCAGCCUGCCUGCCCAGUGACAGCUCCACUCCUGGGCAGAGCUGAGCGCACGGGAGCCGCGGCCGCGGCACCUCGGGACCUGUUGAGUUUCCAGCUGCACACUCAAGGAGGGGGGAUCUUUAUGUAUUAUUUUUCCCCUUAAACCGUGCCAUUGGGAGACAACUCGGCAGCCAUACGCCGAACUGCGGCCGUGCCUUGAGAUCUCAGGCCGCCCGUGGCUGGAGAAAUGUGAAACGUGCGGCGUUUCAAAGGAGACGGGGCUGCAGCUGGUCAACUGGGAGAAGCCGGGCACAAGGACUGUCACCUGUUCCCGUGUGUGUGUGUGUGUGUGUGUGUGUGUGACACAGAGCUCAAACCCAGUGACAGCCCGACAAGCGCAACCAGUGUCAGCCAAAUGGUACCUCCCGAGACAAAUGCCAGCGAUUCUGCAUCAACAGUUGGCAAGGAACUAAAUGCUGGCGAUGCUCUGUCAUUAGGUGAGAUUGGACAGUUUCAGGGAGGGGUUUGCAGGCUUAUCACUAACCCGCCUGUCCCCGGCAUUCACUGGUGAAAUGAGCAGUUCAGACAACGUGAGACGGGGGCUGCAGAACUCUGUCCCGAGAUCCGAUUCACAAUGAAACUCUUGCUCUGGGUGCACUUGGUCGCCGGAUUGUUUGGAGUCACAGCCGGCAACAGAAGCUGCCCUGACCUGAUCAUAGAUAGUUGCAGCUGUACCAGUGAGCGCUCGAAAGGGCCAGGCAGACAGAUCAUCCGAAUCAAAGUGGCGUGCAGUCAUGGCGAGUUGUUGGAAACUUUGCAAUCCAGCCUCCUGCCCAACCAGACCGUCACAUUGAUCCUAAGUAACAACAAGAUCUCAUUGUUGAAGAAUGGCUCUUUCUUUGGUUUGCGCUCUCUAGAGAGACUGGAUUUGAAGAAUAACUUGAUUAGCAACAUUGAGCCUGGGGCUCUCUAUGGGCUUCCAGAAUUGAAGCGGCUAGAUCUCUCAAACAACAGGAUAGGAUGUCUGCGUCCUGAGAUAUUUACAGGCCUCACCAGUUUGUCUAAGCUGAAUUUGUCAGGCAACAUCUUUUCAACUCUUCCUCUUGGACUGUUUGUUGAACUUGGCUCAUUAAAAGUUUUGCACUUUAGCACUGAAUCUCUAAUGUGUGACUGUAACCUUAGAUGGCUCUUACAGUGGGCUAGAAACUCUUCAGUUCGAAUAGCAGAUGAAACGGUGUGUGUCUACCCAAGUGCUCUGCAGGAAAGGCCAUUCAAAACUCUGAAGGAAAGCGAGUUGUCAUGUGACGGUCCACUUGAGCUGCCUUUAUUUCAGAUGAUUCCAUCACGACAACAAGUGGUAUUUCAUGGGGAUCGUUUACCUUUUAUGUGCACUGCAACGUAUGUGGAUAAAACAACACAAAUCCAAUGGCGCCAUAGUGGGAAAAUAAUAGUAACAGAUGAAGAUAAUGAAAUAUUUGUAGAGCCAGUUAUAAUACAUGACUGCUGUUUAAUAUCCAGUGAGCUGAUCCUGACCAACAUUGAUGUUGAUGCAACGGGAGAGUGGGAGUGCCUAAUCACUACCUCCCGUGGAAAUAGCAGCAAGAAGGUAGAAAUUAUGGUGCUAGAAACUGCUGCACCUUACUGUUCUGCAGAGCGAGUCACCAACAAUAAAGGGGACUUCAGAUGGCCUCGAACAUUAGCUGGUAUCACAGCGUACUACCCCUGUACGCGAUAUCCAUUUGGAUCUGUACCUUAUUAUGGAGACCAUCGGCAAAGAAAAGCUUGGCGUAAAUGUGAUCGAACUGGACGCUGGAUGGAAGGAAAUUACACUGAGUGUGCUUAUGCAAAUGAAGUUACAAGAGUCCUUCAUGCAUUCAGCCAGAUUCCAGUGAAUGCCACCAAUGCUCUUGCCUUUACUCACCAACUGAUGACCUACACGGGAAAUGCAGCUAACUUCGCUGACAUGAUGGAUGUCAUUUUUGUGGCUCGCAUGAUUCAGAAGUUAAUCAUCUUUGUGGAUCAAGUCAAAGAUUUGGGAGAAUCCAUCACAGAAAUAGCCAGCAACAUGAUGCUAGUGGAUGAACACAUACUGUGGAUGGCCCAAAAUGAAGAGAAGGCUUGUACUCGAAUUGUGCAGUGUGUGGAAUUCAUCGCAAGUCUUGUGUUAACCAGCAAUGCACAGGAUAUUUCAAAGGUUUCCAUGAAUAUAGCACUGGAGGCCUUCAUGAUCAAACCAGCCAGUUUCACAGGCAUGACAUGCACUGCCUUCCAGAAAAUGGGUCUGCAUCCAGGGAGAUCAUUGAUCCAUGACGUGGCUAGACUGGACUGGGAGGCCAACUAUCGUCGAGAUCAACAUCUAAAUUUCAAAUGCAAUACAGGCAACCUAGCCAGUUCUCUUGUUAAUUUCCCAGUUAAGAACACUGUAGCUGUGGCUUCAGUUCAGUUGCCACCUGCAAUUUUCACUCAUUUCCUCGCCUUGCACACUGUUGACAACUCAUCUUGCAAGCUGCAAUUUAUUGUAUUUCGGAAUGGAAAACUCUUUCCCAGUACAGGUAACUCAUCAAACCUUGCUGAUGAUGGGAAACGCAAGUGUGUUUCGACUCCAGUUGUCUUCAUCAAAAUAGAUGGGUGCAGCUUCGGGAAUCUCACUAAACCCAUUACUGUUGUUCUGAGGCACUUUGCGCUGGGUACAGAUCCCACUGCAGCAUAUUGGGAUUUUGACCUUUUGGAUGGGCACGGUGGUUGGCAAGCUAAAGGGUGCCGUAUAACAGGUUCUGCAAGCAAUAUUACCACCAUUCAAUGUAUGCACUUCGGUAACUUUGCAGUCCUAAUGGAUUUGAAGACCGUGCUUUCUUUCAAUCAGUACCCAGGGGAAUAUCUGCACCCUGUGGUAUAUGCAUGCACUGCAGUCCUUUUGCUGUGCCUCUUUGCAUCCAUUAUCACCUACAUUGUGCAUCACAGCACAAUCCGCAUUAGCAGAAAAGGCUGGCAUAUGUUGCUGAACUUCUGUUUCCAUACUGCCCUCACUUGUGCAGUAUUUGCUGGAGGCAUCAAUCGCACAAAAUACCCAAUCAUCUGCCAAGCUGUCGGAAUUGUUUUACACUAUUCCACCCUGUCUACAAUCUUCUGGACUUGUGUCACUGCCAGGAAUAUUUACAAGCAAGUAACAAGAAAGGUGCCUCAGUACCACGACAAUGACCAGCCGCAACACACUCAACAACCAAUGCUGAGGUUUUAUUUGAUUGGAGGAGGCAUUCCUUUCAUAAUUUGUGGGAUCACUGCUGCAACAAAUAUCAACAAUUACGGGAGUGAAGACAAUGCACCAUAUUGCUGGAUGGCAUGGGAGCCCAGUCUUGGUGCAUUUUAUGGGCCUGCUGCUUUCAUUGUGCUUGUUAGUUGUGUCUAUUUUCUGUGUACAUUAGUGCAACUGAAGCGUCACCCAGGGAAGAAAUAUGAGCUAAAAGAGAUGACAGAAGAGCAACAACGAUUGGCCAGCACAGAGGUAGGCCCCAGUCAUGUAACGGACUCCAGCUCUGUGUCGCACACAUGCUCAAUGAUUUCUUCCUCAAUGCUGGAAAACGAGCAUUCAUUUAAGGCUCAGCUUCGUGCUUCUGUGUUCACUCUGUUUCUCUUUAUUGCUAUGUGGACUUUUGGAGCCCUCGCAGUCUCACAAGGACACUUCCUAGAUAUGAUUUUCAGUUGCUUAUAUGGAGCAGUCUCAGUAACUCUCGGACUCUUUAUUCUGGUCCACCACUGUGCAAAACGUGAUGAUGUCUGGCAUUGCUGGUGGUCCUGCUGCAAAUCCAAUCGGAAUACAUACGCUGUUCAAAUGAACGUUCGACCCCAAGUAACCAUGAACGGCGAUGCUCAGCUUCAUGUCCCAUGCCUCCUGGAUUCUCCAUGUCCCAGUAAAUCAUCAUCCAGUUGCAAUCAUUCAGCCUCUGGACUCUGUAAGCUAACUAAUCUCCAGGCCGUCCAAAAUCAUGUAAAUUGCCUCUCACCAGUUACACCAUGUUGUGCCAAAAUGCACAAUGAACAAAUUAUUGAUGACGAUGGGGAUAUUCAUCUGCGUGCAGAUGGUACAUGUCGAUCAGGAAUGCAUAUCCACAGAUGUCACAAAAGCCGAACUAAACCACGACACUUUGUUCGGCAUAGCAGGUCUGCAGCCCAAAGAGAAUAUGCCUAUCAUAUCCCUUCCAGCAUAGAUGGAAGUAUCCACAGCUCACAUACAGAAAGUCAUCACAGUAUCCAGGACAGCCAGUCCAUCCAAAGGCAAGUUGGCUGUGCAAAAAGUGAUCAAUGUCCCAAUGUCUGCCAGCCUGAAAGUAGUGAUGCUAGCACAGUGCUAUAUGGAUGCAAUAAAGUUGUAGACAGUGGUGUCAGUACAGAAGCUUUGCACCAAGGAGCUACUUUUGAGAUGCAGUCACGGAGACAAUCGUGUCCUCUAAGUGUAAACAACCAAAAUGGAAUACUGAAGGGAAACCUGCAUGAAGCCAUGAUUUAUACUUCAGACAGUACGGGAAAUAUAAGGACUGGUCCUUGGAGAAAUGAAACUACUGUGUAGUUUUUAAGUUUCAUGAUUACAAAUUUAAAUCAUUAUUGCUACAAAAAGUUGUAUAUAAAUUUUGUAUAAUGCUUAUGUGUUUAUUUACAUAAUUCAUUGUGCAGAUUUCAAGUUACAUUUGCAUAUUUGUAUGUAUACAUCUAUAUUUGUACAGCACAUACAAGGUAUCAUAAGAGCAGUAUUAUAUAAUGUAUUUGUAUUUCAAACUACAAAUGGUGCAUUUGUGUUACCACAAUGUGGACAUUGUUAAAAAUUAGUCUGCAGAUAUAUCACAAUUAAGUUGAAGUGUUGGAUUUUUUUUUCAAUGAAAUGGUUGCGUCUGAGUAAGCAACCACAAAUUAAGGUAAGCAUUAUUGUUACAUUAAAGAGACAGUAGCCCUUUGGAUGGCUAAUGCAAAUACCAUCCUAAUGUCUGUUAAAGUUUCCCUAAUCAUUAGUAGAAACAAAAUCAUGAGCAAUUUCCUCAGAGGAUAAGUUUAUCAUUUCUAAUUAUUGUUAUGAGAGCCCUAGUUAUUCAUUGGAAUAUAUCAUCAGAUUAACAAAAUUUUUAAAAGAAUCCUGCAUUCAGUAAAAUAGCUGUGGAACUUUUAAUUUGGCACGGGAGGGGAUGAUUUCCCUUGUGUGCAAAGUGUAAAUUAUAAGCCUCAGUAAUAUAAUGGAUUUCAGUUUUUCACACAAAGAAUACAGAAGACACCUUUCCUACUAAAUUAAAUACGAAAGGGUAUUGGUUCUUUAACUUUGUAGGAAGAAAUUGUGUAUUAAGUCUAUCGUUAUGCAUACAGUACAUGUUAGUGUAACAUGCAUGCUUUUUGUUCAGUUAAACCAUCAAUACUUGGUCAUCUGCUAUUAAGUGUAAAAACUAAUGACUUUAGUGAUGUAAAAACCAAUAGCUUCUUUUUAUUUUAUCCAUGCAAAUGAUUUCAUGAUGCAGAAACACAAUCAUUGGACUACUUUGCUAGCUAAAGUGCCACAGCACACGUAUAAGGUUAAUGCGAUAACUGUGCUAGAGAUGACAGUUUUCAGUUGUCUGUGCAGAGCAUGCAGUGCCUGUUGUAUGUUACAGUGUACACUGUAUAUGAAUUGUUGUUUCCAGUAAAUGCAGAUAUCAUCAUGUCUAUUAGUAAAAACAAAGCAAAAAAAACCUUCAAAUCCAGUUUGUCAUCUAUUUUAAUAAGAUUGCUUUUAAAAAUGUGUUUAAUCAUCUUCACUACAAUAUAAAUGUGAAUUCAGGUUAAGCCAGUUGCAGUUGAUCCAUCUAGUUUCUCACAUAAGGGAAUGCAUUGAACAGAAAUAUGAUAGCUAUCAUUUUACAGUAACGGCAAUUCAUUGCACCAAAAUAUGAUUUACCUUAUUAUUAGCUAAAUUUAUUUUAGUCUGGUGUAUUUAAAGUUAUGAUAGCACUGCAAUUAUUGCUAGACUAGUAAUCCAGAUAACUUCUAAUCAAAUCCCAACAUGGCAGUUUGAAUUCAGUUCUUAAAAAUCUGGAAAUAAAAAGGAUUAUAUAAGUAAAACUGACUGAGAAAUUGUCCGCUUUUCAUUAAAUCUCAAUUUGUGCAUUGCUGCCUUAAGGAAAGGAAACCUGCUGGUACUAUUUGCACUGAUCUGUGUAUGAUUCCAAUCUCACAACAAUGUGGUUGCCACCUAUCAGCCCUCAGAAGUGGCCUCACAAGCCACUCAAUUCCGGGAAUGAGCAAUAAUGGCUGCAUUAUGCUUAUCCCACCCCUCUUCGUGCAGCCUUACCAUACCCUUCUGGUCCUUUCUCUAUUGUAGGCUUAUGUACCAUCACCUUGAUUACAUAAAGCUGCAUAUAGCUUUUUUUUCUUGAAUCAGACAAUUCCUAUAGAAGGCGAUGCACACUGCCUCAAUUCUCUACAUUAUUUGAGGAAACAAAGUGAGGAAAGCCUUGUCCUGUGAUUGAAAUCAACAAAGACCGGGGGAGUUUUAACAGAUGAUCAGUUGCCACCAAUUCCCAACUGAAGAAUCUGUACUUCUCAAUGUGAAACACUCACUAAAAGAAACAGUAUGAGAAGCAAAUGGAUGGAAUGUGUGUUUAAAUGUCAAUCAAGUAGUUUGGUAGUAACACAAUUGAAUAUGUGGGCUGAGUUUGAAGGGCAUAACUUCUGGAAUGGACUGGCACCAGAUGGUGAGGGAAAUACAGGAAGUAAUUUCUUCGACUUUGUUAAGUCAUAGCACAUCUGUUCUCAGCAUGUUUAUCCCAGAGAGUUAUUGUAGCCAACCACUCUUGAUAAACCUCAUCUCCUUGACUGAACACACCCUUCAUAUGUUCUGUGUCUCUACCCUUUUGCUAAAGACUUUAAAGGCAGAGAUAUAAAAGCUUAAGGUUGAACAUCUAUGAGAUGCUGUGAGCUAUCAGCAAGAGGAGCAAAACUGUUUGCAGUAGAGAUCAAUUAUUGUUAAUUUAGAUAUUUUCAUCUAGGCAUUUUAUGUUAACUGAAGCAGAUGUGAGUCCACUGUAUAUGUUAAAGACAAUAACUUCUAACAAUAUCCAAAUUAAAGUCUAAAGCUCAGUACUGGUUCUCCGAGCCCUGGUGUUUCAAUAGCAUUACUGCAAUUAUUAAGUUUGUUUGAUUAUUAUGUUUUAGACUGUUUAUUUAAAUCUAGGUUAAAAUUAAAGAGGUCAUGUAACUGUCAUAAAUGCUGCCUAACAAGAAGUUUGGCUAAAUCAGGCUACAUGCUGAGCAAGGUGCAAAGUUCUCACCCAGGUACAAAAAACAAGGGCGACUGUACUAACGGGGAAUAGAUUUUCCAGCUCCAGGAGAAAAGAGAGAAGAAGCAGUUGGUAUGGUCACAGAGAGAAGAGACUGCAGGUUCUCUGCAAGCUGAUGUUGGAGGGAAAUAGUCAGUAGCCAGAAGGACACAUUACACAGUCUUCCGUUGAAUCUGUGAGAUUCAUCCUGUGGAGCCAGGGCAGAAGAGAAAAUUUUGAAGGGAAUUUUAUUCCUGGUUAUGAAUUUGGAAAUUUUUCAAAGAUGGAGGGAAGCGCCUGGAAACAGUCAAUUGAUGUUAAUGCUCAGUAAUACAGUUAAUGCACAUGGGCAGCAUGGUAGCUCGGUGGUUAGCACUGCUGCCUCAUGGUGCCACAGAACCAGGUUCGAUUCCAGCCUCAUGUGAGUAUCUGUGUGAAGUUUGUACGUUCUUCCUGUGUCUGUGUGGACUUCUGCCAGGUGUUCUGGUCUCCUCCCACAGUACAAAAUGUGCAGGUUAGGUGGAUUGACCGUGGUAAGUGAGGAUGGGUGGGAUGCUUGUUCAAGAGUCAUUAUAGGCUCAAUGAGCUGAAUGGUCUUCUUCUGCACUGUUAGGAUUCUGUGAUACUGGGAAAUGAGAAUCAUUAGAACUGUGAAUGUUUGCUAUGUAUUUCUAUCGGGGCUGCAAUGUAAGUAUAAAAAUGAAGUGUCUUUCCUG